AUCAUUUCCUGUUCUGAGGCUCCUUGCUGCUGAUCCCCUCCAUUUCUGCUCUUUCUGUCCAGCCUGGACUUUGAGCCUCACUUGGAGAAGAUUUACAAGUGGAUGUCCAGCAGCUUGGAGGAGAAGAAAACCUUCCUCAGGGACGUGUGGAACUGAACCAGUGCUGUCCUCUUUGUGAAGGUCCCUUUGGGUGCAGUGGAAGCCCCCAGGGAUGCAGAGGCCCAGGGAGGCUGAGCUGCAGGAGGGGCUGGGCACGUACCAGGAGAUGAGUCCGGAGGAAGCCACGGCCAUCCUGGAGCUGAUGGAGGAGCACGAGCCCCUGCUGAACAACUCCGUGGCCUUUGCAGAGCAGCUGGGCAGGGAGCUCCAGGAGCUGGAUGAGGCCAACCUGCGAGCCAUCAUCUCCUCGGAGCAGCAGGUGACGCAGCUGAUGAGCUCCAUUGACGAGGCCCUGGCCGAGGUGGGCAGGGUGGAGCAGACCCUGCAGGUUUGUGACGAGCUGCUGGGGAGUGUGAAGCAGCAGAUGGAUCACAUCCAGGGGGAAAACGCCCUGCUGCACCGCGUGGCUUCCAACAGGGCGAGGCUGAUGGAGGAGAUGCUGUUCCUCACGAGCCAGCUGCACCUGAGCAGGGAGCACCGCGCCGCCCUGAGCCGGGCGGAUCUGUCGAGCCCCGCGGCAGUGGGAGCCUGCACGGCUGCAGCCCAGGCUCUGUCCGCCUGCAUGGCCGUUCCCCUCCACCCCAGUUACCGGAAGCUGCAGGCUGUGGCUGAGCAGCUGAUCCUGUUUGAAACCCUCAAGCAGAACUUUGAGAACUCCUUCAUCAAGCACAUCACCAACAUCUUCAAGCUGCAGGGCAAUUCCCAGUCCCCUGCUCUUGGCACCGUGGUUGCCCCAAACCAUGGGCAUCACCACCAGGAGCUGCUGCCCUACACCCCCCUCAUGGCCUGGCUGAGGAACAUCAACCCUGUUCUGUUCUGGGACCUCCCCAAGGUCUAUUCCCAGAACCUUGGCAGACUCUAUGAGAGGGAAAUCAAAGCUCUUUUUGAACAGGCCAAAAUCGCCCUGGCAGGGAGAAGAAAAGCAAGUCUGCAGGAAAUUUGGGAGAAGCCCAUGGGGAGAACGAGGAGGGAGAGCCAGGAGGAAACUCCAGGAAGGGGGAACAUCAGCAGGGUGUUGGAGCAGGUGCUGAGCCAGCUGCAGCCCCUUUGUGCCUCGGAGCAGAAAUUCCUGCAGGAAUUCUUCUGGCUGGGCUGUGACUCCCUGGAGCUGCAGGGAUCUGCCCCUCAGGGAGGAGAGCCCAGGGCACCUCCAGAGGAACCUCCCUGCACCCAGCCCUGGAGCCAGCCAGAAGAAGCCACAGCCCAAGUGCUGAGCGAGCUGCUCAGCUGCCUGGAGCCAGAGCUGAGGGCAUUUCUGGAUUCCUGCAGCAGGGCUCAGCCCCUGGGCUGCCUGCAGGUCCUGGCGACCUUGAGUGACUCCGUGCUGGGCGCCUGGGGCUCUUCCCCAGCUCCCUCACCCUUCCUCCUCUCCCUGCUGGGGAACGUGCUGCUCCUGGCCAAGAGCAACUUCAACAAAUGCAUCGGGACCCUGUGCAAGGAGGUGGAGGAGGCCAAGACCCCCAGCAGGACGAGAGGGGGGAUCCUGCCCUGUGUCAGCCGCUUCCAGGAGCUGGUGGAUUUCUCUGAGGAGGUGCUCAGGACAUCCCAGAGCCGGGGGGAGCUGGACAAAGCCCAGCUCAGGCUGGCCAGCAGCGUCUUCAGCAGCAUCAGCAGCCUGUCCUCAGCAAACCUGAAGGUGAACACGGAUAUGGUGAUGAUGGAAAAUUUCCACCACGUCCACAACUUCCUGUGCCAAAAGAACAUCCCCUGCCUGGAGGACAAGAAGAGAGAAGCCAAGCAAAGGUUCAGAGAGCACAUGGAGAAAUAUGUCACCACAUCCCUGGGCCAGCUCCUGGAGAGGCUCCAGGAUUUCUUUGCGGGGGUCAAAGCCCUCCUGGCUCAGGGGGUGAAGGAGGAGGAGGUCAGCUUCCAGCUGGCCUACAGCAAGCAGGAGCUGCGGAAAGUCAUGGCAAAAUACCCUGGCAAGGAAGUCAGAAGGGCCCUGGAGAGUCUCUACAGGACAAUCCACAAAUAUCUGUCCCCAGAGGAAAAUCUCCUGCCGGUAACUGGAGCGGGAUGGGAGCGACACUGGGAUGGUUGGGAUUCAAGAGCAGUGCCUGUGGGGCUGCAGGGCCAGGGUUGGCUUUUCCAGGAGCUGUGGCAGCCCAUGGAGCAGCAAUCCUGGUUUUCCAGGUGCUGUGGAAUGCCAUGGAACACUAAUCCUGGUUUUCCAGGAGCUAUGGAAGCCCAUGGAGCAGCAAUCCUGGUUUUCCAGGAGCUGUGGCAGCCCAUGGAACACUAAUCCUGGUUUUCCAUGCGGUGUGAAAGGCCAUGGAGCAGCAAUCCUUGUUUUCCAUGUGGUGUGGAAGGCCAUGGAGCAGGGGCUGUGGUUUUCCAGGAGCUGUGGAAGCCCAUGGAACACCAAUCCUGGUUUUCCAUGUGGUGUAGAAGGCAGUGGAAUACCAAUCCUGAUUUUCCAGAUUGUGUGUCUGCCCAUGGAACGGGGUUCUGCUUUUCCAGGAGCUGUGGCAGCCCAUGGAGCAGCAAUCCUGGUUUCCAGGUGGUGUGGAAGGCCGUGGAGCAGGGAUUUGGUUUUCCAGGUGGUGUGACAACCCAUGGAACACCAAUCUUGGUUUUCCAGAUGCUGUGGCAACCCAUGGAACACUAAUCCUGGUUUUCCAGGUGCUGUGGCAGCCCAUGGAGCAGAGUUCUGUUUUUCCAGGUGGUGUGGAAGGCCAUGGAGCAGGAAUUCAUCCGGCAGUACCGAGAGUUUGAGGAGCUCAUCCAGCGCUGCUAUGCAGGAGCAGGGAUUGCC